UGAUACAAGUCUUCAGUCGAUAGCCAACAGCGAGUGAUGUUACGCGCGUGGUUCGUGUGCGCAAGCGCGUGUGUCUGCGCGCUGCUUUUCGCGCGCGCUGCGCCCGCGCCGCCUCUGCACACGCAUGUCAAAGACUCAAAGGUGCAAGAAAAGACCAUCGUAGUGCGGAGGAUGCCAAAUGCGUACUUCUACCCGUUCAGCUUAUGGCCCUUGCCUAAGUUUCCUGUCAGAGGCCUAAGGCUUCUUGAAGCCAACCCCAACGUCAAGCGAUUGUAUGAUGACCUGCUUAGCAACUACAACCGGUUGAUCCGACCUGUGACCAACGUGUCGGACAUUCUGACCGUACGGCUCGGACUAAAACUGUCACAGCUCAUGGAGGUCAAUUUGAAGAACCAGGUCAUGACUACAAACCUGUGGGUCGAGCAGAAAUGGUUCGACUAUAAGCUGCAGUGGAAUCCUGAUGAAUACGGCGGCGUGGAGAUGCUGUACGUUCCCUCGGAACACAUCUGGCUGCCCGACAUCGUACUGUACAACAACUGGGAUGGCAACUACGAAGUGACGCUGAUGACAAAGGCCACAAUCAAGUACACGGGCGAGGUGAACUGGAAGCCACCGGCCAUCUACAAGUCCUCCUGUGAGAUCAACGUCGAAUACUUCCCCUUUGACGAGCAGACUUGCUUCAUGAAGUUCGGAUCGUGGACUUACAGCGGAUUUCAGGUGGAUUUAAAGCAUAUGGAUCAACCGGCAGGCAGCAGCUUGGUGCACGUGGGCAUCGACUUGAGCGAGUUUUACCUUUCUGUGGAAUGGGAUAUUCUAGAAGUGCCCGCUACGAGGAACGAGGAAUACUACCCGUGCUGUCCCAAUGAACCAUUCUCUGACAUAACAUUCAAACUGACCAUGAGGCGGAAGACCUUAUUCUAUACCGUCAACCUGAUCAUUCCCUGCGUCGGCCUCACCUUCCUCACUGUGCUCGUGUUCUAUUUACCUUCGGACUCUGGGGAGAAGAUCUCGCUCUGCAUCUCAAUCCUGGUGUCCCUCACCGUGUUUUUCCUCGGUCUGGCGGAGAUCAUCCCGCCAACCUCCCUGGCGAUCCCUCUGCUUGGGAAAUAUCUACUUUUCACCAUGAUUCUCGUCUCGCUCAGCGUUUGGGUGACAGUGUGCAUACUAAACGUGCAUUUCAGGUCCCCAUCAACCCACACCAUGUCGCCCUGGAUGAAGAAGCUGUUCCUCCAGCUGAUGCCGAAACUCCUCAUGAUGCGGCGGACCAAGUACUCCCUCCCCGAGUAUGACGACACCUUCGUCUCCAACGGAUACACGAACGAGCUGGAAAUGAGUCGCGACAGCUUGACUGAUGCUUUCGGUGACAGCAAAAACGGUGACGACGGUGACUACAGGAAGUCUCCCAACCCUGAAGAUGACAUGAUGGCUGCUGGAGGAUAUCAGAGACCUUCAGUAACCGAAUCCGAAAAUAUGCUGCCACGUCAUCUCUCGCCAGAAGUGGCAGCAGCUCUGCAGAGCGUGAGGUUCAUCGCUCAACACAUUAAGGAUGCUGACAAGGAUAAUGAGGUGAUCGAAGACUGGAAAUUCAUGUCUAUGGUGCUUGAUCGCUUCUUCCUCUGGUUGUUCACCAUCGCCUGCUUCGUGGGCACCUUCGGCAUCAUCUUCCAGUCGCCGUCUCUGUACGACACGCGUGUGCCUGUCGACCAGCAGCUGUCUUCCAUUCCUAUGAGGAAAAGCAACUUCUUCUACCCGAAGGGCGUUGAGACUAUUGGAAUUAUCAGUUAAAUUGUGAAGGAAAAGAGAAGUUUAAUGAGCAUUAUUAAAAAUAGAAGAGGAAAAAUGAUCGGCCACCUGCUACGACACGACCACUUCAUCAGAAACAUCUUAGAAGGGAAAAUAAAUUGAAGGAGAGGUAGGGGAAGACCAAAAAAAAAGUUAUAUGAGUCAAGUAAAGGAGCAUGUAGGGACCGUGUCGUACCAGAACACUAAGGGGCUGGCUUCGGAUCGACCAAGGUGGAGACAACUUCAUCACGCUGCACGGACAAGAGCUCACAGCUGCUCUGCUCUUAAAUUGAAUGAUGAUAAGUUAAAUUGUAUUAAUACAAAUGUGAUCUUGAUUCUGAUUCCUUCUGAAAGUAAUGGGUUUAUAUGUUCAGGACAAAAUAUUUUUUUUGUCACAUUUCACAUUACUAUUGGGAUAGUUAGUUAAAUUGUAAUUGUACAUGUAGAAGAAACUGAUUUAUACUUGUAUUUUUUAAAAUUCUAGAAAAUUUAGGGAAUUAGUACAUUGUGUAUGUCAAAAACUAAUAACUAUAUAUAUAUUUGUUUAAUAUAUUUGAUAGCUUUUAACUGGAUUUCAUUGUUGACCUUUAUUAAAAAUUCUUACUUAUUAAUUAGGCUAAAAUAGACACGUAAUAGAAACUCAGUAAAAGACACAAUAGUAGUACAAAAUUCUAAGUAGGUAUCGGUUAAGUAUCUAAAAAUAUUAUAUUAAACUCGUAAUUCCUAGUAAAUAAAAUACUGGAAAACCUUUUUAUCUAGGUCUUGUAAAUUAACCAAACAGAAGUGCAGGCAGGUCAUUAUUAUGAUAUAAUAAUUAUAUAGAAAGAGAAUCUGAACACGCCUCUAUUGUCAAGGCGCUAGAGUGCGUGUUCAGAUAUUUUUGGGCACCUUGGCCGCUCCGAUAUAUCUGAUGGCGACUGUAUAUUGACACGCCUCUAUUGUUAUGGCGUUAAAGAAUAUGUUCAGAUACUUUUGAGGACAUUAACCGCUCCGAAAUAUCUAGUGGUGACUGUUGGUUGUACAAACCAACAUGAACGCUGUUUUGUGCAAAAAUAUGUACAUAUUAAAAAUGUAGAAUACGAGUAUCACUGACGAGCUAUAAUUUGCACUAAUCUCUCGAAUAAUUUGUAUGUUGAA